ACAGAACCUCUUCUUGCUGAAUCCAUUGUCGAAGUUGAAUAACAGCUUCUCAAAGUUCCUGAUCAUGGCUUCUAAUGGAGAAAAUAUUGCUCAGAAAACCCAAGUGGUGGUCGUUCUCAUACCUUUCUCCGCACAAGGCCAUCUCAAUCAGCUUCUGCAUCUCUCAAACAUUAUCUCAUCACACAAUAUACCAGUUCAUUAUGUUUCCACUGUCACUCACAUUCGCCAAGCCACACUUCGUCACCACAAUUCCAUUUCUAACAUUCAUUUCCAUGCCUUUCAUGUUCCAACCUUUCUUUCCCCUUCUCCCGAUCCAGAAAGCGAUUUUCCAUCUCAUCUAAUUCCCUCCUUUGAGGCCUCUAUGCAUCUUCGAGACCCAGUGAGGAAACUGCUUCAAUCCCUCUCCUCGGAAGCCAAAAGGGUUAUAGUCAUUCAUGACUCUGCCAUGGCUUCAGUGGCACAAGAAGCCACAAACAUACCUAAUGUUGAGAAUUACACUUUUCACAUCACAUGCGCCUUUAGCGUCUACGUUCACUAUUGGAACAGAAUUGGAAGGCCUUCCGUUGAAGCCAUCAACGCCCUUAAAGUUCCUUCCCUGGAAGGAUGCUUCCCAACCCAAUUCUUGGAUUUCCUUACUACACAAAGAGAAUUUCUCAAAUUCAGUGAUGGAUUCAUCUAUAACACAAGCAGGGUGAUUGAUGGUGAUUACAUUGAGUUGAUGGAGGCUGUCACUGCUGGUAAAAAGAUUUGGGCACUGGGACCGUUCAACCCUUUAGCCGUUGAGAAGAAAGAUUCAAAAGAAAGGCACUCAUGCAUGGAGUGGCUUGAUAAACAAGAGCCUAAUUCAGUGAUAUAUGUGUCUUUUGGGACAACAACAACUUUGAAAGUGGAACAGAUCCAACAGGUUGCAACUGGGUUGGAACAAAGCAAACAGAAGUUCAUCUGGGUGCUGAGAGAUGCUGAUAAAGGGAACAUCUUUGAUGAAAACGAAGCAAAAAGACUUGAUCUUCCAAAUGGGUUUGAGGAGAGAGUGGAAGGCAAGGGGCUGAUUGUGAGGGAUUGGGCACCCCAAUUGGAAAUUCUGAGCCACCCUUCAACAGGGGGGUUUAUGAGCCAUUGUGGAUGGAACUCGUGCUUGGAGAGCAUAACCAUGGGAGUCCCAAUAGCAACAUGGCCAAUGCACUCUGACCAACCAAGUAACGCAGCUCUGAUAACAGAGGUUCUGAAGGUUGGUUUGGUUGUGAAGGAUUGGUCACAGAGGAAUGAGUUGGUGGCCGCAUCAGAUGUUGAGAAUGGUGUGAGAAGGUUGAUGCAAACAAAGGAAGGUGAUGAGAUGAGAGAGAGAGCAGCGAGGCUUAAAAGUGCCAUCCAUAUGUCCACGGAAGUAGGUGGAGUUUCUCGCGUGGAAAUGGAUUCUUUCAUUGCUCACAUCACUAAAUAAUGUCGUCAGUUUAUUUUUGUGUGAUUCGUAGUUGAAUGUAUCAGAAUUUUACAACUGUUGAUGAAGAUAA